UCAGGCACAGUCGUCUCCAUCGAUUCGAAGGAGAACAACUCGAACAGUUUCAGUCAGUUUGUGAAAAAAAGAAUCCAAAUCUUGUCUAGUGCACUUUGUGAAGGAAUACCUCGUGUGAUUCGUGAUGAUGUGGUGGAAGUUUGUUCUCAUCGUUCUGGGUAAGCAAACCGUGCAGAUCGAACCAACCAAUCAGUCCCUCAACGGAACAAUCAAUCUCUUCCAGUGGGAACCUGCUUUGCCGAGCAGCAGCAGUUCAAGAGACCGCAAAGCUACGAUGAGGCUGCCCAGCGCUACGAGAAGUUGAUGGACGGCGGUGCCAAGCACUACCUCCACGACAAUCUCGCCUGGGAACCGAACCAAGUGUACUGGUACAAUGUGACCACCAAGACGAUGACCGCCCUGCCCGAUGUGACCGAACAGUGGACCGGUGUGCUGACCCGCGCCAAGAUGGUCAUCAACCCGAAGAGCGACGGAUACGUCGUCGGACGCAUCGACCGAGCUCACUACGCCCAGUUCAACCAGUAUCUGGCCGACGGUCACCGUUCGGAACUGUCCGACCUGAAGCUGACCUGGAAGCCGAUGCCGUUGAGCUCGAAGCCGUUCGGUAUCAAGUACAAGAAGGGUGCCAUCAAGGGUCUGUACGUCGAGAAGACUGUCCCCAACCACGAAGUCAACAUCCUCAAGUCCUGGGUCAGCCAGCUGCAGCUUGACUUGUUCGGUGCCAACCUGAUCAAGUCCAAGUACAACCAGCUGCCCGAAAACGAAACUGCCAACGCCGUCUACAAGACCAUGGAACCGUCCGUGUCCGGCGAAUGCGAAACUCUGUACGACGUCAACGUUCUGCCCAAGUACAAAAUCCAGUCGCACGACGAGUGGGUCCCUCAGCCCCAGUACAUGCAGCAGGAUGACGAGAUCUUCGAGAUUGUCAAGGCCAAGAACUUCAGCAACUGCGACCGCCGCAUGGGAUAUCACUUUGGAAUCACCGGUGCUUCGGACAUCAAGCCCAACACCAACCAAAUGGGAAACAUUCUGAGCAAAUCUGCUGUCAGCCAGAUCUUUGUCGUUGGUAAAAUCCACAACCACACCAUCCAGUCGGCUUCCACCACCAGCAAGAUCCUGGUCAGCCCGUCGCUGGUCCAUACCGAAAAGGCUAUGGUCCUCGCCCAAGUCAACGUUACCCUGAACCAAAUCAAGCGCUCCCAAAAGGAACCCGUUGGUCCAGCUGAAGAUCGUGCUGUCUUCGUUGGUCUGGUGUACAGCUACAAUCUGCCAGAAGAUAAGAACAACUGGGCUCGCCCAGAAAACGAAACUUCCAGCUCAAGCUCCAGCAGCUCUUCCAGCUCGUCUUCUUCAUCGUCGGACUCUAGCUCUUCCUCGGACUCUUCUUCUUCCUCUAGCUCCUCUAGCUCCUCCAGCUCGGAAUCGUCUAGCUCCAGCUCCAGCUCGAGCUCAGAAGAGAAGGACAACAAGAAGAUCAGCCCCGCUGAACAGCACAAGGAUGCGCUGAAGCAAGUUGAAAAGCGUGAACGCUCGACCCGUAACCGUCGUGAUCUGAACGCCCAAAAGGAGAAGAAAUACUACGAAGCCUACAAAAUGGACCAGUACCGUUUGAGCCGCGAUAACGACACAUCCUCGGACUCGAGCAGCUCCGAUGAUAGCAGCUCGUCCAGCUCUUCCAGCAGUUCCUCGGAGUCUCGUGAACAUCGCAAAAAUGGAACCCUCGCCGACAACUCAUCCUCGUCGUCAAGCUCGUCAAGCUCCUCUAGCUCGUCGUCCGACUCGAAGUCGUCGUCCUCUUCCUCAUCCUCAUCAUCUUCCGAAUCUCUGGAUAGCAGCGAAGAAUACUACCAGCCUUCCCCGAAGGAUCUUGAUAAUGCUCCCGCCGCCCCCCUGCUUCCGUUCGCCACUGGCUACAAGGGCAGCAGCAUCCAGAACGCUCGCAAUGUCGAUGCUCCUCGUAUUGUCGCUCAGCUGGUCAAGACCAUCGCCGAGGACUUCCAGAACCCGUCCAUCAUUCCCAAGUCCAACACCCUGGCUCAGUUUAACCACCUGACGCGUCUGAUCCGUACCAUGGAUCACCAAGAGCUGUACGAUUGUGCCCAGAAGCUGUUUGUGUCCGAAAAGGAACGCCAGCAGGGAGACAAACAUAGCGAGAAGUUCGCCAUCCGUUGCGAUGCCUGGAAUGUGUUCCGUGAUGCUAUGGCUGAAGCUGGUACCCCACCAGUUUUCAAGGUCAUCAAGCAGUACAUCGAAGAGAAGAAACUGCGUGGUAUUGAAGCUGCUUCCGUGGUAGCCACUCUGCCCAAGCGUAUUCGCUACCCCACUGAAACCCUGAUGCACGAGUUCUUCCUGCUGGCUACGUCCACCGCUGUCCAACACCAGGAAACUCUCAAUGCCACCGCUCUGAUUGCCUUCAGCGAUUUCCUGAACCGUGCCCAUGUCAACAACCAAUCCGCUCUGAACUACUACCCGGUCAACAGCUUCGGUCGUCUGGCUGAUUCCAAGUACAAGAUCGUUGCCCACAAGGCCGUCCCAUGGCUGGCCCAUCAACUGCGUGAAGCCGUCCAGGAAGCCGACAGUGAGAGAAUCCAAGUCUACAUCCGUGCCAUUGGAAACCUUGGACAUCCGGAAAUUCUGAACGUUUUCGAGCCCUACCUUGAGGGUAAGAUCCCCGUCACCAACUUCCAACGUUUUGCCAUCGUCAUGUCGCUUGACCGCCUGGUUGAGAACUUCCCGAAGCUGGCUCGCACGGUCCUGUACCGAGUCUACCAAAACAACGCCGAUGUCGAUGAAGUCCGUUGCGCUGCGGCUAUGCUGUUGAUGCGCACUUCCCCGCCAGUUGCCAUGCUCCAGCGUAUGGCCGAGAAGACCGAUGAGAACAACAGCCCGCAGGUCAGCGCUCUGGUAAAGAGCCUCAUCGAGUCGGCUGCCAACACCGACGAGUUCGAUGAUGACUCCGAACUGGCUCAAAAUGCCCGUGCCGCCGUCAAGAUGCUGAACCCCAACGAAUACGGUCUGCAAUACUCGAGCGCCCACUUCAGACAGUACGCCAUGAAGGAGUUGGACAUUUCCUACCGUCUCCAAGCCGGACAGAUUGCUUCCGAUAACCACCCAGUACCAACUGGAGCAUGGUUGCACUGGCAUGAGAACCUGGGUGGUCUGAAGAGACUGUCCUCGUACCAUUACAUUGUGUCCAACAUGGAUGCCCUGUUUGAUCUUUUGGACAACAAGGUUAUGACCGUUGAGGAACAGAAGAAGGAGUGGCGUCAGGAGUCCCGUCAAAGCCGAGCCAACGAGAAGCAAGAGAAGGCAUCGAAGAAGCAAGACAACAAGGCCGAACAGAAGUGGUCUACUGGUCGUAUUGCCAAGUUGCUGAAUAUCGAUCCGGAAGAUGUCGAACAGGUUGAAGGACAGCUGUGGCUGGAGAUUUUCAAUGCUCCGCAUCUGAUUGCUUUUGACAACAACACCAUUGAUGAGCUCCCACGUGUGAUCAAGAAGUUUAUGAAGGAUUUGGAAGUGAACUGGAGCGUCAACAUCACCAAGGUUUACCAGCAGGGACUCGUCACCGUGGCAAUGCCCCUGGAAACUGGCUUCCCAUUCACCUUCAGCACGCAAUCCCCUACUCUGGUUAAGUUGGAAGUUGAUGCCAGCGCUGAGACGAUGCCCAAUAUGGCCAGAAAACCAGCUGGACAUCCCGAAAACGGUAACGACGAACAUAUUCAUAUCCCACUGUCUGCCAACGUUACUGCCGAUGUGAAUGUUGUGUACUCUCGAUUGAUCGAUGCCAAGGUUGGAUUCAACACUCCGUUCGAUCACCAGCGUUACAUUGCCGGUUUCCAGAAGAAGCACCAUAUCCACGCACCUCUGCGAUUGGAGGCUCAGCUGGAUAACGCCCAGAAUGAGUAUGAGCUUAACAUUCAACCGUUGGAGCCCAAGAAGGAUAUUCUGCUGGCUCACAUUAGCUCCUGGCCGUACACUGCCUACAAGGACAUCACCGACAUCCGCCCAAUUGCCGAGAGCCCCAACGCUCAGAUUCUGCACGACGCUGUGAGACGCACCAAGACCGUCGAAGGUACCAUCGGACAACAGUUGACUGGUGUCGCUCUGCGUUACCAGGCCAAGUACGACAAACCUGCUCUCGUUUUCGGAGACAUUGUCGAGCACAUUCAGCAACACGAUUUGAUGUCUGCUCUGCUGUUCCCUCUGCACGCUUCGCAACCAUGCCACUACCAUCAGCUCAACCUGUGGUACGAUGCUCAACGUAGCCCUGUGAAGAACAUCAAGCUUUCGCUGCAACAAACCACUGCCAACGAAACCGAAGACUUCUCAUCCUCUGACAUCAAGCACCCGAAGGCUCGUCACCAGUCUGAGGGAUACUACAACGAGAAGAAUCUUGCCCAACCCUUCGUGUUCAAGCCCGCUAGCCAGCGUCGCCAGGAGCAGUUCCUGAAGAACGCGGGAGCCGGAAUCCGCAACAGCCUGGUCUCUGUGUGGGAUCUUGGAGCAGAGUUCGAAGGUCGCCAGAACAAGGCCGAGUUUGUGUUGACUUUUGCCAAGGCUUCCUCCCCGGUUGACGAGAAGGAACGCACCUUGGUGUUUGCCUCUGCUAGCCCCUACAUUGCUGUCGGAUCCAAGAAGCAACACCAGGCCUGUCUGAGCUUGACUGAGAAAUACCCGAGCGUGCCCAUGCUGAACUACAUCACGGCUCUGCAAAACGAUGUCACCUCUGAAAUCGACCUCGAACUGUCCUUCGGUGAGAAGUGCGCUGGAGGUGCCCAGGUCUCGGUUAACGGUAAGCUGCGUCAAACCGACUUGUGGCGUGAAACUCUGCGAUCGUCCGCAAUUGGCAGAAAGUGCAAGAACCAGAUGGCUGAAGGAUACUUUGCUCUCCCAGAGUGCCAGAACGCUACUCGUCUGGCCAGUGCCCUGGAUCACUACACUUUUGACAUUGAGUUCAAGGAAAUUCCAUCGUCUGUACGCAACAUGACCAACAAGGCGCUGAACUGGGUCCAGAGUGCUGUCAUCACCCGCUGGGAGGAGGAUUGCGUGAGCCACAAGGGCAAGGAAGGAAAGGCUCAGCUCAAGAUUGAACUGUCGCCGCGUGUUAGCCACAUCAACGUUACCUUGGCCACCCCGAACCGUAAGAUCGAGAUCGAGAACUUGCCGGUUGAGAACGAAUGGAUGAAGAGCUUGGUUCUGGUUCACCCAGACUUGGCCUGGAACGAACGUCUGGCUUCCUACGCUUACAACGGAGAAAUGAACCCAUCUUGCGUUGUUGCUCCGAAGUACGUCGAUACCUUUGAUGGACGCACCUACGAUUAUGAGACUGGAACCUGCUGGCACGUUGCCAUGCACACUGUCAAGCCAGAGCUGGAGGUCAGCCCUGAACAUUCGCACUUCUACGCGUCGGAUGUGGAGCAACGGUGGAGCAAUGGAUUCGAUGAGCACGAACAGAUUACCGUUCUUACCCGUACUGUUGAGAACAACCAGCAGCACCUGAAGGUCGUCCUUGGCCAGCAGGAACAGUGGGACUACAACAUUGAUAUUGUGCCGAACGGUGCUCAGCUCCCGAUUGUCUACGUCAACGAUGAGCCGCUGCAGGUUCACGACAAGUACACCAUCCCAAUGUACACGGCCGAUGAGGGUGAACAGCCGUUGGUGCGAGUCCAUGCUCUUGCCGGAAAGGAACUCGUGGUUGACAUCCGUGAUGGACAGAUUGUGAUCGUUUGCGAUGGCUACCGUGCCCAGAUUCUCACCGGUCAGACCUUCUACGACAACACCGUUGGUCUGUGCGGUACCAACAACAAGCAGGAGGAAGAUGACUUUAUCACUCCGCAACAGUGCGUGAUGCGCAAGCCGGAAUACUUUGCCGCUUCCUGGGCUGUCACUGGUCAGAACUGCACUGGUCCUGCCAAGGCAUUCGCGAUCGCGUCCCAGCAGAAGCAGAAGGAGGCAUGCCUGAAGGUUGAGUACAUGUACGGAAACGUGGUCUCCGAUGUUGAGGCCGGUCGCAAGCGGUACCGCUACUACAACCACAACGUCGAUUCGUCGAGCUCCUCGGAGUCUGAUUCGAGUUCGUCGUCGUCGUCCAGCGAGUCUUCCGAGUCCAACAGCAAAUCUGACUCUUCGUCCUCGUCAUCUUCGUCGGGAUCGUCGUCGUCAUCAGAGAGCAAGGAACACAACCCAGCUAAGCAAAAGUACUCCGGAAAGGAAUGUGAUAUCGUUCACCAGGUUCAGUACGUGGAAAGAGGCAACGAGAUCUGUUUCUCCAAGCGCCCGCUACCAACAUGCAAUUCUCGUUGCAAGGCCAUUGAAGUUGUGAACAAGUAUUUCGACUAUCAUUGUCGUUCUUUGGAAGACUCUAUUGGCCAGAUGUGGAAGGAACAGAUCCGCAAGGGAGUCAACCCUGACAUAAGCGCCAAGUCAAUGUCAAAGACGAUCAAAAUGGCUGCACCCAAGAAGUGUGUUUAUAUCCAGUAAAAUAUGUUACCAAAGGAUUAAUGACCAUGGAAGUAGAGUUAAGUGCAACAAGAAAAACAAAAAACAAAAAAAUAGAGGUGAAGACUAUUAAAUAAACAAAAUGUUUCAUGU